UUGUCAAACAACUGUCAUAAAUACGAAAUGUCCUUGAAAACAGUUUUACUGAAUUUGAUGAUAAUUUUAAGUGCUGCAGAGUCAAUUCAGCCUUCCGAUGAUCCUGAAACACUUAUUAAAGACCCUGAAAUCACAAAAUCCAUCAAAAAUAACAAUGGCGACCCCAUCCCCCCUGGCUACUACUCCUAUGUUGUCCUCUUUAAAUACAAAAAUAAAUCAAAAGUUCGCAUUUACAACGAUUCGGAUUUCUCCACAACAUCAUUGUUGAUUUGUUCAGGGACCAUUUUGAACCGACGAUGGGUCAUAACCAAAGCCUCAUCGAUUGGACAUUACAGGACCAAGAUAUAUGAAAUAGUGGCGCAACCCUAUAUCCCCCUUCCCCUCACCUCCUCAACCCUCCUCACCCAUACCAUCGAAUGGGUCUUGUUGCACCCAGACCACCAACCUGGUGACAUCACCACCGACGUGGCUCUAGUCCGAGUCACCAAAGACUUCAAAUUCACCUUGGAUUUGCGAAACGUCAAUCUGGGUUUCCCCCAAAUUCCCCCAACUUAUACCAACUGUACAAUGCCAGUCUGGUCCUGGUUUUUCAUUGACAAUUUUAACCAAUCGAGGAAGAGAAUUGAUAAAGGACAAAUUUCCCUAACUGUAAUUACCACAGGGUGUCACAAAGACUUCCUCUGCUUGAAACCGGUGCCCCCAAAGGGGCCUUGCGGGCUCAAUACCGGCAUGCCCAUUAUUUGCAACACAGCAAUGGUUGCGGUUUAUUUCGGUAAUGAAACAACACGAGGCUGCAGUGGACAAGUACCAGACAUGGUAACAGCCCUAAGAGUCGACACCCCAUUUUAUGAAAAAUGGUUCGAGGAAGCGUCGUAUUUCGACGACCAAAGCGACGAUAUAAUGGGCUCAGCGGAGUUGAGAAUGUGUGGGGGGGCUAAAAAGACCGUUUCGGGACCCACUUGUCUCAUUGCUAGUUUUUUGGUGAUACGUUUCGGAACGUACCCUAACCUCAAAUUGUUCAAUUAAACCCAAUUUUGGGUAAUAAAAUAACCAAACACUCAAUUCUUGUCUACCACCACCAAAAAAACAACAGUUGAAAGCGUAAAUUCGUAUUAAAUUGACAAUUUUUAAAAUUACUACGUUUACACGGUAAGUUAAAAUGGCGUCAUGUCAUGUCUACAUGGCAACCUGGCACCGGACUAUUAUAUGUCAUUUUAGCAAAAAACUAAUUAGAACACCAAAAUUUAUUUAUUCAAGCUUUUUCAAGAAUUAGACCCAAUUUUUGGGUAAUAAAAUAACCAAACACUAAAUUCUUGUCCAUCCCCACAAAAAAAAACAACAGUUGAAAUCGAAAAAUCGAAUUAAAUUAACAAUUUUCAAAAUUACUACGUUGACACGGUAAGUUAAAAUGGCGUCAUGUCAUGUCUACAUGACAACCUCACACCGAACUAUUAUUAUAUGUCAUUUUAUCAGAAAACGAAUUAGAACAUCAAAACUUUAUUCAAGCUUUUUCAAGACACAAAUCCCAUCAAGUGCAGGCGCUGCUGAUUCAAACUCCCCAUUUGCCAACUCUGCCCUUUCAUUGGCGCACAACAAAACCGGUGUUGUAUGUGUGUGAAUCCCCGCGAUUGUUUUAGGUUCACCUGCUUUUCCUACUGUAUCCACAGCUUGACCCACACGAACAGUCACCGAAACCGAAUUCAAAUUAUCAUCAAGUGUCAACAGCCAUCUUGGUUGCAUGGCCGCCGCUAAACAAUACAACAAGUAAUGACAACGUCCCAAAAUCAACGAAUGUGGCUUAAGUAGACACACUAACGGAAUUAAAAUCCCUAAAAGAAAUAAUCACAACAUUGGUUACCAAAUAAUGAAACUCACCAGCCAUUGCGACUGGAUCCAACAAUUGACGAUCGGUGUGUAAUGGGUUCAAAGUCAUGGUACCUUUACCCAUAUGGACAAGUCCUUGUGCGAUCCGUACCAUAAACAAUUGAAAUGGGUUUUUGGCAUGGUACAAAGCUAAUUGACGUAAGGUGACUGCAAGACGGGCAUUAUUAGUCCCAGCACCGACAUAACCUAACCCAAAAAUGGCGUUACAAGCAACAUCAUCAUCAACAUCAUGCGAAUAUUUCGUUAAAACGUUGAUUAUAGUCGGCUGUGGAUCACUGACAGAUGUCAAAGCUAUAGCCAAUGGGACGGCUCUUCGUACCGAAGGUUCACCAUAUCGUGAUAUUUGACCGAAAAUUCUUUGUAUCAUUUCUGACCCGAUUUCUUCACCUUUGGAAAUCGCAGCAACCGCUAAAACGGCCACAGCCUUCCCCAUAUAAUAAUCCCAAUCGUUCUUUUUCUUAUCUUUUGUUUGUAUUUCCGGUACUUCGACUUUUUCCUCAACCAAUCGCAACAAUUCUUGAAUUAUUAAAACAUCCCCACUUCCGGCAUAAGCACACAUCUGUAGCAUUGUCUGAAAAAUGGUCCGAAACGGCUCUUCAAACACUUCCGCUACAAUUGUCGGCACUUCAAUUGCAUCUUUAGUACCAAAAUAGGACAAAGCCACGCCCAAUCCCGCCAAUAACAUAAACGGACUCUUUAAAACAUCCAAUCCAUUCGAUUCGAGCAUUUUUGUUAUGAUAAUAUCGGAUAAUUCGUUAUUAUUCAUUCCGAGACUGACCAAUCCGCAUGCAAGACUCGUCACGCCCAAAGUUUUAACCGAUUUCGAAGUCUGUAUCACCGGUAGGAGGAGAUUUAAGACGUCGCUCCGCCCACUUCCGGCAUACGCCAAUCCAAUGCCUAGCACCGCCCCAACUUGCAACUCCUCACUGCCACUCCCUACAUAAUCACCCAAUAGGGCAAGAGCUGGAUCACAGUCAUUUCUAAUACGACAAUUGACUAUUCCAAGGGCUAGUAACGCCCCAGCUUUGAUAUUAUCAUCACUGGUGUAUAGAUAUUUAUCAAUGGGGGUUAAACCACCAUCUACAUCCCACAGAUAUAAUAAACCUAGAGCUGCAGUGGCACUCAACAUGCCAACAUCUUUGUUUCUAUAGAUCCAUUUAUUGCCAUCAUCGGUUGUCAAAAGUUUAUCAGUGCCAAAAGCAGCAUUGACGAAACCGUUGACGAAAGAAGAGGCCAAAUUUUGACGGGCACUAUCCAGUUUUUCCCCGAGGACACUCUGACGAAGAGUUACAGGCUCAAGCCAGGUUUUGUACACGUCUUCGGGCGAUUUCGGCUCCAUUAUAUCGAGCUAAAGCAAGGAAAAUUUGAAUUUGGCGCCAAAAUACAAAGUGGGAAAUUUGAAUUUUUAGCGGAAAUUUCAAAUUUCAAGCAAGAAAAUGGGUGAUUUGAGCUGGAAGAUUGGAAUUUCAACAGGAAAUUAAGAUUAUUUAAGUUAGGAAAUUUAA